AUGGCCAUCUUCCUUCUCGCCGUCGCCACCUCGACGCUGCCAUCCGGCAGCGCCCUGCGCCUCGCCUUGUCACCGUUACGUCCGGUCGACCAAAACCCAAGCUUCUCGAGCGCACGCUCUACAUCCCGGGAAGUCCUCGCCCAGCAGCAGCAGUGGCGGCAGCUUCAGCAGAGGCAGUGCGCGGCCAUUCAGGCCCGCGUCGGCUCCCUCGUGCAGGCGGAGGCCCGUACGCUCUACUGCAAGCUAGAGUCCGCGAUUUGCGACGAUGAGGGCUGUGUCGCCGAUCAGCGUGACUGGCUCGCCUCACACCUGGCAGCGCACGCAGUGAGGCUGGAGCGUGCGCACGAGGAGCUGCGAGAGUGGCUCGCGACGCGAGUCUCGCUCAUCUCUUGGGUAGCAGCGCACGCCUGGAUAUCGAUCACGCCUCCGCCUCUGCGCGACGUGCUGCUGCCAUGCUACAAGCCGCCAUCAGGCGCAGGCGGCUCCUCAUUCCACCUCUCCUCUCUCAGCCAGCUCACCUUUUACCGCGCCAUCGAGCCGCUGCGGCCGCACCUCCGGCGCACCAUCUGGAAGGGCGCGCUCGCGUCGCCCGGCAGGGUCUCCCGGCUGGUGGUGUCGGCGCUGCUCUGCGCGGCGGCGAGCGGGGUGGAAGGCUGGCGCGGCGGCCGCUGGGCGGGGCUCCUUGCGGCGCGAGUCAGGAUGGCGCUGCUGCCUCGAAUCCUCGACGACUACGCGGCGACGCUCGAGGCGAAGCUGGCCGAGCCAGGGAGGCGGCCGGGCGGCGUCACAGGCCGAGGGGGCCGGUGGCCGCUCAAGCGGUCGUAGGGGGCGCGCGGCUAAGCUGCGCCCGGCCUUGCCCGAGCUACUUACCCUGUCCUCCCACCAUGGCGGCGGGAGGAGGCCCGAGGGCCGCAGUGGAGCGCGGCGCGGCGCCGGCGCCACGGGCUGCCGCGUGGGCGGCUUGUGGCCGCAUGUGAGGUGCGCGAGUCGUGCGAGACCGUUUUUUGGCAAGCGCGCUGAAGCGCGCUGGUCUCGCGCGAUACGUAUCGGCGAUAGCCGAGCCGUAUGCCAGUGUUGUGUGUUGACUGUUGCGGCGUAACACUUGCGCGCGAUGCCGAGGGAGUUUUCUCGUCGAUUUUCCUUCUUUUGUUUGUUGGGGAUGUUGCCGCGGCCCAGCGGGUAGA